CGCAAGAGGCGUGCAUGGGCACUCCCCAUGUGCAAUCAUGAAGAGGAUGCAUGACAGGCGAAGCUUCUUCUGGCCAGCCGCCGCGCUCCAGAAUUCAACGGCCAAGACUAGUGCAGGCUUAAAUUGUUCCAUAAAACGGCGGCACUCGGCGCCUCGGCUCAUUCAUCCAACCAUGUCCACGCUGAGAGCGCGGUGUGCGACGGCCAUCCUGGCCGUCGUCCUGGCGGCGGCCGCGGUCGCGCCGGCCACGGCCGAGCAGUGCGGCUCGCAAGCCGGCGGCGCCAGGUGCGCCGACUGCCUGUGCUGCAGCCAGUUCGGGUUCUGCGGCACCACCUCCGACUACUGCGGCCCCCGCUGCCAGAGCCAGUGCACUGGCUGCGGCGGCGGCGGCGGCGGGGUGGCCUCCAUCGUGUCCAGGGACCUCUUCGAGCGGUUCCUGCUCCAUCGCAACGACGCGGCGUGCCUGGCCCGCGGGUUCUACACGUACGACGCCUUCUUGGCCGCCGCCGGCGCGUUCCCGGCCUUCGGCACCACCGGAGACCUGGACACGCGGAAGCGGGAGGUGGCCGCCUUCUUCGGCCAGACCUCUCACGAGACCACCGGCGGGUGGCCCACCGCGCCCGACGGCCCCUUCUCAUGGGGCUACUGCUUCAAGCAGGAGCGGGGCUCGCCACCGAGCUACUGCGACCAGAGCGCCGACUGGCCGUGCGCACCCGGCAAGCAGUACUAUGGCCGCGGCCCCAUCCAGCUCACCCACAACUACAACUACGGACCAGCGGGCCGUGCGAUCGGGGUGGACCUGCUGAACAAUCCGGACCUGGUGGCCACGGACCCGACGGUGGCGUUCAAGACGGCGAUAUGGUUCUGGAUGACGACGCAGUCCAACAAGCCGUCGUGCCAUGACGUGAUCACGGGGCUGUGGACUCCGACGGCCAGGGAUAGCGCGGCCGGACGGGUGCCCGGGUAUGGUGUCAUCACCAACGUCAUCAACGGCGGGAUCGAAUGCGGCAAGGGGCAGAACGACAAGGUGGCCGAUCGGAUCGGGUUCUACAAGCGCUAUUGCGACAUCUUUGGCAUCGGCUACGGGAAUAACCUCGACUGCUACAACCAAUUGUCGUUCAACAUUGGGCUCGCGGCACAGUGAGAUAGUACGACUAUUAUGGGUCCUCGAUCUAUGCAUGUGUGGAUGUGAUCACACAUAAAUAAACAAUCUUGGGAAGUACUUUACCAAGAUUUGUUUACGGAAUUUGCUGCUCGUUUGCUGCGUGCAGGUAGGAGGAGAGGUGAUCAUGCGUGCAGAGAGGAACGUAUUCCUUCGCGAACCAAGGGGCAGAUAGAUUCGCGUUGUGUGCAUCUUAUGUUAAUUCAGUCCAACUCGAUUUUUUGUGUGGAUUAUUGAAGUCAGGCUAACUAUUACUCCAACACUCUUAUAUUUCUUUAGGAGGGAGCACAAAUCAUCAGCAUCUAGCUGCAAUGUGCCCUGCUGGACCACACACCACCACCUCUUCAUCUCCAAGCUCUCCUCUUCGUCGAUCCAGGAGCAGUAGACAGCGGCGGAGCCAGGGAAAUCGGAUGAGGACGGCAAGUUUUAUUAGGAUUUGUUGCUAUCUUGUAUAGAAUUGUCGUUUUUGUUUUUAUUUAGUAUCUGCUAUAUCUAUUUAUUUAUUUUAUAAACUUGUUCGGUGAGCGAUGCUAAGCUUCAAAGACUGCAUGGUAUUGCUGGCUUGAGACGUGCCAUGAUGAAUAUCGAAUAUACUCCCUCCAUCUAAUAAUAUAAGAUCGUUCUUCAAGCUAUGCCAUCGAGAGGUGUUCACCUAGCAUGUGUGCAGAGUUUAUUAAGGAGCUAUGUUGCUUAGUGGAGGAUUCGCAAAAAAAAAAAGCUGCUUAAUUAAGGGUGGUGUCAGAAGUUGACCUUGUUUGCAGUAACUAGGAAUUUGAUCGAGCAGAGGUUAAGCAAGUAGUACCAGAGACUGACAAUGCUCACCAAGUGACAUAUUCUAGCAAGCAGGGUUGGAAUAUGCUAAGUUGUUGUCUGAACGGACCUUGCAUUAACCUCGCCGCCUUUUUUCUUCCUGCAGAAUUGAACUUCUUAAACUUAGUCAUCCUGACAUGACACAACACAACACAACAUCAUCACUACAACAGAUGGACGGAAAAUGCACUUGGAGGCAGACUUCAGAGACACUGAAUUUGAUGAUCAAAGGCAGGACAUGACAAAAGAACAGAAAAGGUUCAGCCUUGACAAUUGUCUGAAUAUCAUGAUCAGAGGCAGAUUCAGUUCCACGACAUCACAAGAACAAAAAAAGAGUUUCCUUCUCUCUUGUUCCGUCAGAAUUGUACACACUAUCACACAAGAACAGUGUUUCAAACUAAUUUCACCUCUUCUUCAGAGCAUCCCUGAAGAAACA